CCCGGCUGCGGGAGCGCGAGGCGCCGCUACUGUGGCCAUGGGCAGCUUCCAGCUGGAGGACUUCGCGGCGGGCUGGAUCGGAGGUGCAGCCAGCGUCAUUGUCGGUCACCCUCUGGACACGGUCAAGAUAUGGAAACUAGCCCGAAAGGGGAGGGGGCUUGCCUUAGGUCAGACAACAGCUUAAAGCAUUGAAGAGUGAGACUCGCCUGCAGGCCGGCGUCAACUACGGGGACACCAUCAGCUGCAUCCGCACGGUGUACAGGAGGGAGAGUGUCUUCGGCUUCUUCAAGGGCAUGUCCUUUCCCCUUGCCAGCAUUGCGGUCUACAACUCUGCGGUGUUUGGGGUCUUCAGUAACACGCAGAGGUUCCUCAGCCAGCACCACUGCAGGGAUCCCGGGGCCAGCCCGUCCGGCACCCUGUCUGACCUUCUCCUGGCCAGCAUGGUGGCUGGCGUGGUCUCUGUGGGGCUGGGCACGCCCGUAGACCUCAUCAAGAUCCGGCUGCAGAUGCAAACACAGCCAUUUCAGGAAGCCAACCUUGGUUUAAGACCCAGGACGAUGACUCUUGGGAAGCCACCAGUCUACCAGGGGCCUGUGGAUUGCAUUGCAACCAUCGUGCGGACCGAGGGCCUGGCAGGGAUGUACCGGGGUGUUGGCGCCAUGCUGCUGAGGGAUGUCCCGGGCUAUUGCCUCUACUUCAUCCCCUAUGUGUUCCUGAAUGACUGGAUCACACCCGAGGCCUGCACAGGCCCCAGCCUCUGUGCUGUGUGGCUGGCAGGCGGCAUGGCAGGAGCAAUUUCUUGGGGGACAGCGACUCCUAUGGAUGUCGUGAAAAGUCGACUCCAAGCUGAUGGGGUUUAUUUAAACAAAUACAAAGGUGUCCUGGAUUGUAUCUCCCAGAGUUACCAGAAGGAAGGUCUUAAAGUGUUUUUCAGAGGCAUCACUGUGAACGCUGUGCGCGGCUUCCCCAUGAGCGCUGCCAUGUUCCUCGGGUAUGAGUUCUCGCUGCAGGCAAUCCGCGGGGACCACGCCGUGACUAGCCCCUGAGCGCCAGCCAGCGUGCAGUCCUGGGAGAGCUGCCACCGUGUCUCCACCUCUGUGUCACUGGUGCCUCACGCGGAGCCCGACACCCAGAUGGCCCCUCAGAAACAUCACUGAGAAGACGGGCAAUCAAGUGCCAGCGUCCCCUCAGCUCCCCCCCUUCUUUUCCUCCCCGUUUCUCCUUCUCUGGCUCCACAUGGGUGUCCUGCAGAGCUGAGAAGACAAGGUAGAAUGAGUCACUGAAUUUUCUAGUCAACAAGAAACCAUUUUGCUUCAGCCUUGGCGACUACGAAUUCUCUCAAGAAGGAUGGCUUUUGCCAGAAAGGUCUCGCAGUCCUCUCUGCUGCCUUCCCUGGGCCAGCAGAGGCCUGCUAGCAUUCGUGGAUGGGCCCAGACCCUAGACCCAGGGGAAGGGUGUGAUGGAUCAGGCCGAUGAGACUGAGCCCAGGACAAGGCUUAGAAUGCCGGCUUCAUCAGAUGAUUUAGCUUUUCACUAAAGCACCCACAUUCACAGCUCUCCCGGCUUUUGGCUCUCUCUUACAAAAGGAAAAGAGUAGUAACACAUUUUGCAUAAUUAAACGUCUUGAGUGGGUUUUGUCCAGGGCGAGGAAGAAGAACGACCUGGUUCUUAAAGCUUUGCUCAGAUAUCAGCUGCUCUCCACCUUGAACAGGUGAAAAUAGCUUUCAAAAAAAAAAAAAAUCCUAUGAUAAAAUCCGUGCCUCUUUAUUGCAGAAAAAAAUAGAAAAUACAAACAGAACACAAGAAAAUAACCUAUUUUCUGCAAUACUUUGUAACUCAUCCUUCCCAUUUAAUAGUUCAAGACCAUUUUUUCCGUGUCAUUAAAUAUUCAGCAGCAAGGUGGUUUUUGUGCCAAGACCUGGCAGAUCCCAGAGUGGCUGGACGCUUGCCCGAGCUGUCACACCCGGCAACUUGUGACCGCCCUGGUGGUUGGCUACUUCUGGAGGAAGGAAGAAGUUUCUAGCAAGCCAAAUUCUGAUCAUCCUGGAUUUAGCCUUUCAGAGCAGCGACCACCCCAGUUGGAAGCCGCCCUUUCCGGAAGUACUCUCACGGUACAAGAGGCACAGAUGUGUGUAAGCCUUGCCUCUGCUGGAGUGAGACAGGAGGCUGUGGCCCCCCGGGUGGAAGAAGGGGUUUCCCAACGACUUUUCUGGAGCCUCCUCUUGAACAAGCCUUCAGUUUGUUUCAACUUCCUGCUCUAACCUAACAGCCCCAAGGUCCUUUAUCAAGCCCUGGAUUUGAAUUUGCCGAGUAGCUCUGAGAUCAUGGGCAGGUCCUCUAGGCAGCAGCAGCAGUAGCAUCUACUCUUUGAAGACUUGGAAACCAGUGCCUCCCUUGUGAUCUAGACGGGGGGCAGAGUGAGAGGUGGUGUAUGUUAGAGAACUGCAGAGCCCUACGGUCCCUAAUCGGUGGCAGGAGGGUGCCCAUCUUGAGUCCCUGGGUGCAGGUGGUAGGAUGGCAUGGAAUGGUUUCCAUUGUCUACACUCCACCAGAGCAGCGUCCAAACCACAGUACCUACAGCCUCCUUCCAACAAGCAGGGGCAGGGGCAGAGCUCUCCCUCAGCCCCCACCAACUCCCAUGGAGGAGGAACACUUCACUUUCAUUUAUCCUCUCCCCCAAUUCACACACACGAGUGAACCAAGGACCAUGGCAAAUCCAGUAAGUGGAGCAUGAGGUCAUUGUUUGGGAUGCGGCUAGUUUGGCCUGUUCUCAGGGAGUACCAGACUCAGACAACAUGAGAAAGAUGACCCUGGGUGGUAGAAGUGGGUCCCAACCCUGGUCAGAAAGUCAGCUCUUAGGUUUGUUGGAAGCCCAUGAGUCCAGCUGGGCCAUCCCCACCGUCCCACCAGGAUCUCCUAUCCCAGAAGCUUCCUGGAACAAUGCUGGUCUGCCUCCUGACUUGACAUUCUUGCUCCACACCUCAUGGAUCUACCUUUAAAUCCUGUAAAGUCCAUUUCCCAGGAAAUAAAAUACGUUCUUCCUAUAAUACCUUUUUUUGAGCAUUUAUAGAUGACCUCAGACAACCUCCUAGCCCUUCACAUCUGCCCUCAUGGUGAUGCCCUGCCAACUCUUGCUUCAUAUACACAGUUUUCCCAAUGGAUUGUUGACCCUUAGAUCCUGCUUGAUAACUUGGGUUUGAUGAAAGCCUUAUUUUUCAUCCUGUUCCCCUAGGGCCAGCGUCACCUGGCCAGAGCUGGUGUCAUCUGACCAGAGCCUCUUUUUGCUACAAGUUGGUGCUGGAGGCAUGGCAUCUCUAGACUCCUCAGUAGUGAACUUAAGAGAAAGAAGGCCUCUCUUCCACCCGUGCUGUGGGUCAGGUGGGCCCUCAGCCAUCGGCGCCGACCUCAGAAUCCCUUCUUUCCUGAGGACUCUGCUCCUUACCUCCCAGCUGCGGCCACUCACCUGCUGCCUGGGAAGGAACUGUUGGACCAUUGGACCACUGACUGACCACCAGCUCUUUCAGAUCUCCACUGGCCCCAAUACAAAGCAGGAUAAAAUCGGCCCUGUCCCCAUGCCUGCUGUUACACUCACUGGGAGCUCAUGGAGGAGCUCAACUGUCUGCAUGUUUCCAAAUA